AUGGCGAGAGGGGAGGGAGCCGAGCAAUUUUCCGCCACUUUAUUACCACAUGUAAAACCAGUUAGUCAAGAUGGAAUUAAAAUAGCCAAGAAACGGGAGCAGAGGAGUAAUCACCUGUCUUUGUGCAGUAAGUUGUGCUACGCUGUCGGAGGCGCUCCCUAUCAGAUCACGGGCAGUGCUCUGGGCUUCUUCUUGCAAAUUUACCUGCUGGACGUGGCACAGCCCAAUGAAUUACAUAUUGUUUCUAAUGUCUCUUUCUCUCUCUCUCUCAAGCUGGAACCCUUCUAUGCCUCCAUCAUCCUGUUUGUGGGCAGGGCUUGGGAUGCAGUGACUGAUCCUACUGUUGGUUUCCUGGUUAGCCGCAGCAGAUGGACUCGCUUUGGCCGCAUGAUGCCCUGGAUCCUCAUCUCCACUCCGCUUGCCGUGCUUAGUUACAUCCUGAUCUGGGUGGUUCCUUCCGUGGAUCAGCUGAGCAAGCUGAUGUGGUACCUGAUAUUCUACUGCGUCUUCCAGUCACUACAAACGUGUUUCCAUGUGCCGUAUUCAGCCCUCACCAUGUUCAUCAGUCCUGAGCAGAAGGAGAGAGACUCGGCCACAGCGUUUCGUAUGACAAUAGAAGUGCUGAGUAUUGUGGUUGGCACUGCUAUUCAAGGACUAAUUGUGGGCAACGCCAUACCCCCCUGUGUCGGAGGAAACUUGAACCUCACUAACGGUCUAAACGCAACAAUCUUCAACAGUUCACAAGAAAGCUCCCUGGACAAGACAAAACAAGCGUACCUGAUUGCAUCAGGUGUCAUUAGUGGUGUUUAUGUCCUUUGCGCGAUAGUGUUGUUCCUGGGUGUCCGGGAGCAGGAAGGACAUGAGCAUGUGAAAGUGAACAGGCCCCUGUCAUUCUGUGAAGGUUUGCAUUUGGUUUUAGGAUACAAGCCCUAUGUUAAGCUGGUCAUGGGCUUCCUCUUCACUUCCUUAGCCUUCAUGCUGCUGGAGGGGAACUUUAACCUGUUCUGCAUUUACGUUCUGGGUUUCAGAGACCAUUUUGCGAACAUCUUAAUGGUGAUCAUGCUGUCUGGGACCCUGAGUAUUCCUUUCUGGCACUGGUUCCUCACUCGAUUUGGGAAAAAGACUGCUGUUUACUUUGGCAUCACGUGGGCGGUGCCUUUCUUGAUUCUGAUUGUAUUGAUCACGAGUAAUCUCGUAGCGUCAUACCUGAUUGCCAUAGCUGCUGGGAUCAGUGUAGCUGCUGCCUUCCUCCUACCCUGGUCAAUGCUCCCAGACGUGGUUGACGAUUUUAAAGUGCAGAACCCUGACUCUCAUGGGCACGAGGCGAUCUUCUAUUCGUUUUACGUUUUCUUCACCAAGUUUGCCUCUGGAGUGUCUCUUGGUAUCUCUACUCUUAGUUUGGAGUUUGCAGGGUAUGUGAGCAAUGCGUGCGUGCAGCCAGACAAGGUCCAUUUAACCCUGAAGAUACUGGUCUCUCUAGCUCCCGUGGUUCUCAUCGGUCUGGGUCUCUUAAUUUUCAAAACGUACCCCAUCAGUGAAGAGAGGAGACAGGGAAACCGAAAAAUACUCCAGAACCUCCGGUGA